AUGACGGAGCGAAAGCGUUGGGAGAAACAUCAAGAGUUUCAUCCAUCAAAUACGUCUAGUGUCUCGGAAGCGAAGGAAGAUCCAGUAUUAACAAAACAAUUACGCUAUCUUCAAGUUUUAGAAGAGAGAAAUCGGAUUAAAAAGCGAUUAGCAGCCUCAAAACGGAAUGACCGACUCCAUGAACGAGAAGAAGCUUUUGUUACUUCAUUUAAUGUCCCCAUUCGCAAUGUGCAAUCCACUACUUCAUCAUCUUUAUCAUCAAGGAAUACAAAAUCUGCAACAUCAGUACUACCAACAAAUCUCGAAAAACGAGACAAAGCUAAAUGUCGAUCAGCUCCGUCAACGACAUUGAAUUUUGCUUCCAAAAAGAAUGAGGAAAAGAGGAAAGAAUCUAUUCGAGGGAAACGAGCAAAAUGGCAUCGACCUCAAGCACCAAUGGAAGUCACAGUGCAACACCAGGAUGGAGUACCUCAAUUUCGAUUGAUGACACAUGAAGAGAGUGAGGAAAAGGAAGGAUUGGAUGACGAUGAGAAUUAUUUGAAUGAAUCUUUUGAAGAAUUUGAAGAAAAAGAGGAAGAAAUGUCAUGCAUUAAUGAAGAGCUUGUGAUCGAAGAGAUGGGUGAGAAUAUAGAGCAAAUUAGUGUGAUUUCGAGUACAAAAGAAGGUCAAAGCAGUUCAAGUCUCCCCCCACAGCUUUUAUCUUCCAUAGAUUUGGCUCAAACAACAAAAGAUCUGUUUGGAGUUAUUCAACAUCUUUCUCGGACAAAGCAAAGAGCUUUAGUGGAUUUGUUGCAAAAGUUUCAGACUGGAAAACAAGAUGAAGACGAUUUUAAGACAUUAAAGAAUUCGAUUGGAGAUCCUGCAAUUUGGAACGAAAUCACAACGGUACUAAAUCCGUUGCCUUCAUCAAAAGCAUUGAUUAAUAAAGUGAGUGACGAAUCAAUAACCAACGUACGCAAAGAUUUCGACACCAAAAUGCUUGAGGAUCAAUUGCGAUUAGAGAAUGAGUAUGCAAGUGAGAUGAAGAUGCGACUUGUACGCGAACGAGAAGCGAAACAAGUUGCUCUUAAGAAAGCGGAAGACCGUCGUGCAAAAAUGAUGAAAGAAUUGGAGGAAGAAGAACGUGAAAUUGAACGGCUGAUGGAAGUCAAACGAAACGAACGAUUAGCAAAGCUCAAAGCACUUCAAGAUGAGACAAAUCUUGCUGUGCCUGCAGUCAGUAGUAAAGAUAGUGAUAAAGAUCAUAUAAGCGAGCGAGAAACUAAGUUAGAAGAUGAAUGGAUUGACAAUAAGCCACGAGAAUCUCGUAAUUUGAACGAGAGUGACAGCGACACUUUCUCGGUUUCAACUCAAAAUGAUAUUUCAAGUGUGAACAACGAAUCUGAUGUGAAAAAGUCACAGAAUGCAGUCUUCAGGGUUCCGAGGCUUGACUUUUCUUUUACCUCUAGUAUAGAGACUAGAAACUAUGAGAUUCACAUUAAAUUGCUGUCAACAUGGGGAAACACUCGGGCGGUGGGUCUUGCUCGAAUUUGUGUCUAUGAUCACAACGACGAGGAGCUUUCGGUUGACUUAAAUUCACUACAGCUUUACGAUCAAUUGAGUGGUAGACCUUUACCCAAGAUAACUGAAAUGGUCCGCGGGUUACAAAAACUCUUUACAUCUAACAACAUGACUCAGACGAAAAGUGAGACCGAUAUGUGGCUUGGAAGAUUGGGAGACUCUGAUGUCCUCAUUAUAGAAUUCAGCGUGCAAUCGCCUCCUAGCAAGCUCUGCAUAUGGAAUUACAAUGGUAAGACACUUUCAGCUUGUACACGUGACCUCGAAGUGGUGGUGUGUGGAAAGUCUGUUUGGAUGGGAUCUCUUCCUGAAUGUUAUGGUGAUGCAGCCGAUAAUGUGUGUACGUCGAUUGACUUGCUUGGUUCAGCUAGAAAAGGAUUACGUUCAGUACGAGACAACGAGAGCUCUACACUUUCUAAUAGAAUGCCAUCUAGUCGACAUAAUGAUAAUGAGGCUAAACUAUCUCAGCAGAAUGUUUCUUCUCGUAGACAUGACGCUAGCACCGAAAAGUUGACACCAAUGUGGUUACCAGACACUAUUCCAGUUGUAGAUUCCUUACUAACAACGAGCCGAUCAGCUGAUCUUAACCUACUCAGCUCUAUGAACAAUACAAGUCGUCGUCGGCAUGGUAGCCAGAGCUCAAGGAGCGGUACAAUAGAUACAUCAGCAGGAAAUCGGGUGAUCACAAAGUCUUCUUCAAGUCAAGUUAUCGAAUGUAAAGAGGAUAAAGGUCACAAUGAACAAGUAAAAGUAUCGUCGCUUGCAUCUCUUUCAUCGUGGGAUAGUUUGGAGAAAUUUAGCAAACGAAAUAGAAAUCGGCUCACUCAAGAGGUUGACAAGAAUGCAUCGAAACCAUCCAAACAUACUGAAAAUCGCAUUGAAACCUUUUCAGAGGGAUCUACCAAUUGUACAUUGACAACUUCAGUUCAAUCAAGACAAGCAUCAAUGCCAGCAGCAAGUAUUCCAAUCUUUCCAAAAGGAAAAUGGUUGAAACUUGAAAUUUUGAGUACGUGGGGUGAUCCGUACUAUGUUGGGCUUAAUGGAAUUGAAAUUUUUGAUCAUUGUGGGAAACUUGUGCAAUUUCACGAUCCAGUCAAACAGAUCGUAGCGUGUCCUGAUAGCAUCAAUGUGCUUGAAGAAAACUCGGACGAUCCACGUGUUCCAAAAAAUUUAGUGGACGGGGUAAAUUUUACUUGCGAUGAUUUUCAUAUGUGGCUCGCACCGUUCACAGCAGGCAAAACACACUAUGUGCUACUUGCAAUGGAUUCUUUGAUUUCAAUAGCUAUGAUACGUUUAUGGAAUUAUAACAAGUCAAGGACUCACACUUGCCGAGGUGUUCGUGAAGCACGUCUGAUUCUUUACGAUGAAAUUCCGGCAACUUUAUUACGCGAUUCGCAGGGAUUAGCACAAAAUAAUCACAAUGGAACUGUGAUUUUUGAAGGUGAAAUACGACAAGCGCCAGGAAUUGUUGGUGCUGAGAGUGUAAAUAAUGCCAAUGAAGUGAUCCUAUUUACUCGAGAACCAGCGAUUCUCAAAGCUAUUGAAGCAAAUGAUAAAACAUUGCGAUCUCUUGUACAAGAACAAGAGGGAGAAGAAGGAGAAGUUCGUGAACUUAUUAAUCAGAUGCAUCGAUCAAUAGAACACCAACGUCCGCGAACUUCUGAUGUUGAAUCGAGGACUGUCGAGAAAAGUUCUGAAAUUGAAAAGAGCAAUGAAAGAUACGAGUAUUCUGAUAAAACUGGCAGACCUCGGACGAUGGCUACACGUAAAGAUCCGACAUUGAGAACUUCAAUCGAUACGUGGGUCGCUGAAGCUCAUGAAGAAGAAAUAACAAAGAACGCAAUGUUGAGUGACGAAACAUGCCCCACAAAUGAAACAUUACCAUGUGGUCGUCACCUCGUGUUACGAUUGCAUAGUACAUGGGGCGAUCAAAACUAUAUUGGAUUAACUCAAGUACAAGUGCUAGUUGGAUCACAUGGUACACCAUAUCCAAUACAGUUAGACAACUUGGAUGCAACGCCACGAGAUUUGGCAUCGCUCGGAUACAUGGGAGAUCCUCGUACACUUGAUAAACUAAUUGAUGGUGAAACUACCACAUGCGACGACACGCAUAUGUGGCUUGUGCCAUUUGAAUCUGGAAAAACUCCAGAAUUGCGAAUAACAUUUCAAACAAUGCAGUUUUUCUUUGGUCUUCGUGUUUGGAAUUACAAUAAAUCACUCGAAGAUACAUAUCGCGGUGUGAAACAAGUAAUUGUUACUAUUGAUGGAGUACUUGUCUCUCCAAAGAAAACUGGAUAUCUCUUACGGAAAGCUCCUGGAGUUUGUGAUUUUGACUUUGGCCAACUUUUAUUCUUCUCAUUGAACAAGAUAAAUUCAUCUUUGUACUCAAAACGUGUGCAUUACCCAUUUAGAUCAUUAGCAUACAAGACACCAAUCAUUCGACAAGACUACGAAGUACCGUUGUAUCCUCAAGGAUUUUUACUUAAGAUUAUAUGUUGGACAACAUGGGGUGAUCCAUACUACCUUGGACUCAAUGGUCUUGAAUUGUAUGAGUUUGAUGGAGCUCGUAUUGUUGAGAGGCCAAAUAUUCUAACGGCAAACCCAUACUCGAUCUCGGAAUUAGGUGAAAAUCAACAAGAUUCACGAAUACCUGAAAAUCUUAUGAGUGGUAACGACAAGAAUACAUGGAAAGCUCAUGAUGCAUGGCUCGCUCCGUUGGCAAGUUCACUUGGCAACGAACAGGGGAAUAUUGUGUAUAUUGGUUUUGACACCCCUAUCGUCUUAUCCAUGAUUAAAUUCUGGAAUUAUAGUAAGACUCCAGAACGUGGUGUGAAAGACGUCACGAUUUAUCUAGAUGACAUGCAUUUAUUCAGUGGGAGACUUAAGAAGGCACCAGAAGGUGAGAUUUUCGAAUCUAGCAAUGGUUAUGGAAAGAUACAUAGAGUGAUGGAACAAUUUGGACAACCUGUGCUUUUUUCGACUAGCCAGGCUCAAGUCGAUGGUGAGAAACGAAAUGUUUAUUAUUGUGGAUGUGAAGAACAAGACGUACUUGGAAUUAAUGAAGGUCAAGUUAUGGAAGAAUCAAAAGCAAUGUAUCAAAAACCUGAUCCGGGAGCUCAAGGUGUUCAUGCUGAUUUAGCUCUUCGGCCAUUAACAGCUCAAUCGAAUGGAUUGGUGAUCAAGCCAGUGGCAUUCCUACAUGGAAGUUAUAGUUCCCCCAGGGACAGUGCAGACCUGAUGGCGCGAGAAAGAAAGCGCUUAAGUGGCGAGGACUGA